UAUGUUUGUUAUCGAAACGCUCAAGGGUCAGAGCCGCCGGAAAUUGGGAAAUGCCCUCCUUGCGCUUUAUGGUGUUGCCAGCCAUGGAUCGGCUGAAUGGGUGUUGCGUACGGCAUCACCGGAUCUGACACCGCGGUCCCUUUCCGACAUAUGUUCUGCUUUCCGGAGGCAUACGGACUGGUUUCUCCCGCAAACCCAAAGUCCGAUCCGUCAGUCCGACUACGCGGUGGUGGUGGCGGUACUCGGAUCCUUGUCAACGGUGCUUCAUUGAGCCAUCGAGGCGUAGCAUGCUAUAGAAAAGCAAGCCGGAAGCAUGGGUGGUGUUACAGGGACACCGAGCACCGGUCUUCUUCUGUGGGAGUGACUGAGGGCACGGCCGCCGCCUUGCGAGACGCGGGAGCGGAUGCGCGGGGAUAUGCCAUCGAGCCUCGUCCGAUUCAAGGCCUCGAACGAGCUCACUCAACUGCCGAUGCACGCGACGUUCUGCGGGUCUGGCUGGGCCCUUCGGGCGAGGAGACCAGCGUUGACAUCGGCUUCCUCACACACAUCCCGGAUACCACCCUGACCAAUGAUUGGACGAGUCAACUAGGCCUCGAGGUGGACGCGCAUGGACUCUACAAACAGAAAGAUGCGACCAUGGAGACUAUGGUGCCGGGGAUCUUUGUUGUGGGGGAUCAUGCUUCGAUGGCCAAGGACGUCCCCAACGCAGCCAGUAACGCCACAUUCGUGGCGUCCGCCGUUGCUGUACAAUUGACGGCUGAGCACUAGCUGAGCAUUACAGGCGGAUUCUGUCGCAUCCUGGUAGCAAGUCCACGUCGAUAGACGACUGCACCGUAGGAAAUCCUCAUUGCGGGUGCACAGAUCGUGUCACGUUCGUGUAAACGACCAUUGCGUAACGUAGGGCAGUCCCAAAGCCCCGACUCGUCGUGGUUGCACUGUAACCUAUGCG